AUGGAGGAUGCGAACCAAGCGGAGGUGGUUGAGCUCGGAUUCGAGGAGACCUAUCCGUUGCGUGAGGCUGUGCUAUGGCCCGGGAGACCUGACCUCGCAGCUCUCGAUUGCGACCCGCACGGGAAGCACUGGGGAAUGCGACGGCGUGGUGAACUUGUGUCUGUGAUCUCGGUGUUUGUGGAUGGUGAUGGCCGCGAGGCUCAGUUCAGGAAGUUUGCUACUGCUUUGGAGUGCCAGGGGCAAGGGCUGGGCUCUAUACUCCUGAAGCAUGUGAUGGACCAAGCACAGCAACAAGGAGUGCAUCGCUUGUGGUGCAAUGCCCGCUCCAACCAGGCUGGGUUCUACGAAAAGAGAGGUAUGCAGCCUGCGGACGGUGGAGCCACAUUCCUCAAGAACGGCGUAGAGUACAUAUGCAUGGAGAUGGACCUCAGAGACAGUCCCUGA